CAAUCAAUAAACCAAACAUGGAUUCUCCAGCCCCUGAGACCCCAGCAUCUACACCAAGCAAGAGGAAGCCCCGAACCUGUCCUCACUGUAAACGUCAUUUUCGCCGCCAUGAGCACCUCCAACGGCACAUUCGGAUUCCCUUCAGAUACAAAUGAAAAACCGUAUAAAUGUUCAUGUGGUGCUUCGUUUGGCCGCCGUGACCUAUUGAAACGUCAUGAGGAUAUUGGCCAUUCUCCAAUAACGCCGUUAACGCAGGAGCCAUCACCCGCCACUGCAAAUGAUAGUCAGAGCCUCCAGUCACAGAACAAUGAAGCUUCCACUAUACAUGAUCCUGACCCAUCAUUUUGGGGAAUCCCUGGUCUCCAAGGCGCGGGUGCCUCCGCAGGCUCUGUUGGCCAAGGACAGCUCCCGGGUGCUCAGGAUCUCCUAGUUUUGCAGGACCUAGAAUCUUUCAGUCAUAACAUGGGGCUCAGCACCGAAUGGGUUCUUCCUUCUGAGCCUAGCAUUGUGCAAAUAUUUGCGGGAGAGUCUAACCUGAAUCCUAUAUCCACUGACUCAGCCAGGACCAGCUUCCCGUGGAGCGAGACGCAGUUGGUAAAACUUCCAAUAAAUUGCCCAAUAAAUUGCCCAAUAGAAAUUAAAGCUGAUGGUUUUAAACUAGCUGAGUUUGGGGUAUUAACCUUACCUAUUCUGAGGGUUACUGAUGACCACCGCAAUCGCCUUGUUCAGGCUCUUGAGCAGUCUCAGACGGCCGUGUCCAAAAGCUCAUUUCCAUCUUGUCACUCACUUACAAGAUUUGUCAAUGGAUUUUUUGAUGGCUUCUAUCCCCAUAUACCAGUUGUUCACCUCCCAACGUUCAAGCUGGAGGACUGCGAACCGGAGAUCAUUUUGGCUAUGGCUGCGCUAGGCGCACAAUAUCGACAUGAACAUCGGAAAGCAGUCAUUCUGUUCUAUGCCGCAAAAGCCACAUUACAACAAAAUACGAUCGAAAGGGGAAAUUGGGAGCUAGAUAAAAGUCUCUCACCUGGUGAUAGACAUAGAGACUUUUCUCGUGAAACACAGAGAUCGCACUACCAAAGCAAGCAAUAUCGGGAAGUCAUGCGUGAAGCGAGGUGCGCUUUAUACCUCAUUGCAUUUGCAACGUGGCAAUGUGAGCCAGAAAUUCUGCGAGAGGCAUUCAAUCUUCAAAGCUUUCUUGCAAGAUGUGUGAGAGAAGGCAAAUUGGAGGAAGAACAAGAAUUGCACCAAGAAACCCCAAAUUGGCACUCUUGGAUACAGCAAGAAUCGGACAGAAGAGUCAAGCUCUUUUCAUUUGCUCUUCUAAAUAUCCAUGGUAUAGCAUUCAGCACUCCACCAGUGAUACUCAGCGACGAACUACAACUCCGUCUUCCAUGUUCCUGUUUUGAGUGGAUUGCUCCUCAUGAGGAAAGAUGGGCUAUGGUAUAUAAAUCGGGCAAUGCGCAGCAGAUGUCUGUUCAAGAAGCUCUAUCACACUUGAUGAAAGGCUCAAACGAAACUCACUUAGUAAACUCGCAGCCUGUGCCUUCUCCGUUGGCAAAUUACAUUCUUUUACACGCCUUAAUUCAACGAAUCAUGCUUGUACAGCAGGCCUUUGGCCCAUACAUGGACGAAGACCAGACCUUACUCAAUCACCAAAAGGAUUCUAUCCGAAACGCUCUCCAUGCAUGGACAUCUCAAUGGCAACGAGCUCCCGAAUCAAGUCUUGACCCCAGAAAUCCCAACGGGCCAGUGACUUUCACCUCCACGGCAUUAUUAGGUCUUGCAUAUGUUAGACUUGCUCUCAACAUAGGCUCAUACAAAAUUCUUGAAUCCAGAGAUCCGCAAGAAAUUGCGAAUAGGCUGCUCCAAAUGCCGAAGCUACCUGCAGGUCCUCAUUUGCUUCCUGCAAUAUUGCACGCCACACAUGCAUUGAGUAUACCCGUUAAGCUAGGGGUGAACUAUGUUGCGCGAAGCCAUGCAUUCGUGUGGAGUAUUCAGCACUCGCUUUGUGGAUUGGAAUUUGCAAUCUUCCUUAGUAAAUGGUUGUUUUGUAUAUCUAAUUGUCAGAAGACAAGACCGCUUGAUGGUACGUAUCUUCCUAUCCAAAAAGGUCAGAAUGCGCUGACCCACUUAGAACAUGAGAGCCGCUUGCUUAGUUGGAUAGGAGACAUAGUUGAAGAAGGGAGAACAUCGGGCGACGAUGACCUGUGGUCUCGUCCAACGCUAUCGUCCAAUUGUGCCUACCUGGCCUUCGCUGUUGUGAAACUAUGGGCUCGACUGAUCAGAGGAAAUGAACAAUGGGCAGUAUUGAAGGUUAUUGGAGAAGGUCUUGAUAUAUACGCCGAUGCCUGCGAGCAAAGCUUCACCGCUGCCUUGAUAGGUGAACAAUGA